GGAGGCGCCUUCCGGGAGCGCGUGCGGGGACAAGCGGUUGCCGCGCAGCGGUCGGAGAGGCCGCACGCUCCGGUUCCGGCCGAGGUGGACAGAGGGCCCGGCGGGCAGCGAGCGCCGGAGGUCCGUCCCGGCCAAGCCCAGCGCGGGAGGGCGGCUGCUGGGGAAGGACUGCAGUUUCCCAUCCUCCUGGGAAGGGGCCGCGCCGGGUCCCGGUGCUUCCGCUCUCUGCCCUAACUUCGCGGUGUGCAGGGGCCGGCGGCGGGCAUCUGCACAGGAUUCGGGCGCCAAGGGGCCUUGUGGUCGCGAAGGGGUGUAGUCUCUCUCGCGGCCGCUGGGAAUGAAACGAAUGUUUGUGAUCCGGAUUACCCGCGGUGCCUUGGGGCCUUGCAGAGGGAAGUUAAAGGCUUCUUCCCUCAAACUCUUUCCUUCUCGCCGUCCUCUGCCAUCUCUUUGCCCGCCGAGCCUGGCGGGGGACGGGGUCAGGGUCCCCGGGUUCCUGAUAAGGUUGAAAAGCUGUAAGGCUGUGUUUAAGUGAGUGUGAAAGAAGGAAGGAUUUUGUGGAUUGCUGCGGUGUCAGUGUGGGGUGAGUCCCUGAAUCCCAGAGCCUCGCCAUGUCAGGGAAACGGAAGCGAGUGGUGUUGACAAUUAAAGAUAAGCUUGACAUAAUAAAGAAACUUGAAGACGGAGGUUCUUCCAAACAGCUGGCAGUGAUUUAUGGAAUUGGUGAGACAACUGUUCGGGAUAUAAGAAAAAAUAAAGAAAAGAUUAUAACUUAUGCAAGCAGUUCUGAUUCCACAAGUCUUCUGGCCAAGAGGAAAUCUAUGAAGCCAAGCAUGUAUGAGGAACUGGACAGAGCAAUGCUGGAAUGGUUCAAUCAACAAAGGGCAAAAGGGAAUCCCAUAUCUGGACCAAUUUGUGCAAAAAGAGCAGAAUUCUUCUUUUAUGCUUUGGGAAUGGAUGGUGAUUUUAAUCCCUCUGCUGGCUGGUUAACUCGUUUUAAGCAGCGACACAGCAUUAGAGAAAUUAACAUUAGAAAUGAAAGAUUAAAUGGAGAUGAGACUGCUGUGGAAGAUUUUUGUAACAACUUUCGAGAUUUCAUUGAACAAGAGAAUCUGCAACCUGAACAAAUCUAUAAUGCAGAUGAAACUGGUCUCUUUUGGAAAUGCCUGCCUUCCAGGACUUCAGUUAACAAAGGUAAAUGCACUGUCCCUGGACACAAGUCAGUUGAAAGAGUCACUAUCAUGUGUUGUGCCAAUGCAACGGGUUUACACAAACUUAAACUUUGUGUUGUGGGGAAAGCAAAGAAACCUCGCUCCUUCAAGUCAACUGACACCUCGAACCUGCCAGUCUCUUAUUUCAGCCAGAAAGGUGCAUGGAUGGACCUUUCCAUUUUCCGACAGUGGUUUGAUAAGAUCUUUGUGCCACAAGUUCGAGAGUACUUAAGAUCCAAAGGGCUGCAGGAAAAGGCUGUGCUCUUGUUGGAUAAUUCACCAACACAUCCAAAUGAAAAUGUGCUGAGGUCAGAUGAUGGCCAAAUAUUUGCUAAAUAUUUACCACCAAAUGUGGCUUCAUUGAUCCAGCCCUCAGAUCAGGGAGUCAUCGUGACAAUGAAGAGAAACUAUCGCGCCGGUCUUCUCCAGAACAACUUGGAAGAAGGUAAUGACCUGAAGUCAUUCUGGAAGAAACUAACUCUGCUAGAUGCACUUUAUGAAAUAGCAAUGGCAUGGAAUUUAGUAAAGCCAGUUACCAUUAGCAGAGCAUGGAAGAAGAUUCUCCCUACCAUAGAGGAGAAAGAAGGCUUAGACUUUGAAGAAGAAGAUAUUUCAGUGGCUACUGUGGCCACCAUUUUACAGCAUACCAAAGGAUUGGAAAAUGUGACUACUGAGAACAUAGAGAAAUGGCUUGAAGUGGACAGUACUGAACCAGGCUAUGAAGUAUUAACUGACAGUGAAAUCAUCAGAAGAGCACAAGGCCAGACAGAUGAAUCCAGUGAAAAUGAGGAGGAGGAAAUAGAACUGAUUCCAGAAAAACAUAUUAAUCAUGCAGCUGCUCUCCAAUGGACUGAAAAUUUAUUAGAUUAUCUAGAACAACAAGGUGAUAUGAUUCUGCCUGAUAAACUGGUGAUACGUAAACUUAGAGCCACCAUCAGAAAUAAACAGAAAAUGACAAACUCAAGUCAAUAAUGGCAUUUCAGUAUUAUCAUUGUUCUGGUAAUUAUGUUUGUAACCCUUAACCUCUUUGCAUAUGGCUAAUUUUCUUUGUGUUCUGAAUUCUCAGGCACAGUCCUGUGAAAUACUGAUACAAAAAGGUAUCUGAAGUGGUUUGAGGAUUAUGUGCUUUGCCAUCAUCUGUCUCUUGUCCAUUUACAGAUAAUUGGAAGUUGAUUUGUGUAGGUAUAAAUUACAUGUACACACAUACUCUCUUUUGUAAAUCUACAAUUAUCCCUUCCAUGUCAGUGGCAUUCCCGAAAUUUUCCAGCAAAAGUUACUGAUAACAGUGAACAGAUCAAGAACUUUGCUGAAAUCUGUUUGAUUUGUGAGAUCUGCCACACUAAUCUUUUCUUGUGCUAAUAUUAAAUGGUUAUCUGUUUUGUGUAUCCAUCUGUACACUGAUGGAAUGAGAAAUUACAUUUUAGAUUUCAGGAUGAUCUAUAAUACUUCAAAAUGAAGUCCAAUAGUGAAGAAAUAAUGAUCUAUGAAUUAUAAAAAUAGCUUAGAAAUCAUACUUUUGUUCCGUCAUGUUUGGGUGGCAAGAAGGGGAGAUUUUUCUUGCAAAAUACACUAGGAAGUGAUUACUAAAUUAGUGUGAAAACUAUUGGAAAACUGAUAUAU